CAAUAAUUAAGCAUACAAUGGCUACUUUAAAGGUAUUGAUGUUCCCAUUUUUGGCUUAUGGACACAUAUCUCCAUAUCUAAACGUAGCUAAGAAACUCGCGGACAGAGGAUUCUUGAUUUACUUCAUUUCAACUCCGAUAAAUCUCAAAUCCAUCAUCAAGAAAAUCCCCGAAAAGUAUGCUGAUUCGAUUCAGCUUAUCGCACUUCACUUACCAGAAUUACCCGAACUUCCUCCUCAUUACCAUACUACCAAUGGUCUCCCACCCAAUCUCAAUCACAUCCUUCAAAAAGCCCUGAAAAUGUCCAAACCAAACUUCUCAAAAAUCUUGCAAAAUCUGAAACCUGAUUUGGUGAUUUAUGACGUAUUGCAGCAAUGGGCUGAACGUGUCGCGAAUGAACAGAAUAUUCCAGCAGUUAAGCUUAUAACUUCGGGUGCAUCUGUGUUUUCGUAUUUUUUCAACAUACUGAGGAAACCAGAGGUUGAAUUCCCUUUCCCUGCUAUUUAUCUCAGGAAAAUUGAGCAAGUAAGAUUGAGUGAAAUGGUGGCGAAAUCUAAUAAAUCGAAAGAACCUGAUGAUGGGAAUCUUCUAGUUGAUGGAAAUAUGCAAAUCAUGUUGAUGAGUACUUCUACAACUAUAGAAGCCAAAUAUAUUGAUUAUUGCCUUGAAUUGAGCAAUUGGAAAGUUGUUCCAGUUGGUCCACCAGUCCAAGAUCCAAUCACUAAUGACGCGGACGAUAUGAAGCUCAUCGAUUGGCUUGGAACAAAAGAUGAGAAUUCAACUGUUUUUGUCUCCUUUGGGAGUGAGUAUUUCUUGUCAAAAGAAGAUAUGGAAGAAGUAGCUUUCGGGUUGGAGUUAAGUAAUGUUAAUUUCAUAUGGGUAGCAAGAUUUCCGAAAGGUGAAGAGAAAAAUAUUGAAGAUGCAUUACCAAAAGGUUUUCUUGAAAGAAUUGGAGAAAGGGGAAGAGUUUUGGACAAAUUUGCACCACAACCAAGAAUUCUAAAUCAUCCGAGUACCGGAGGAUUUAUAAGUCAUUGUGGUUGGAAUUCAGCAAUGGAAAGUAUAGAUUUUGGGGUUCCUAUAGUUGCCAUGCCUGUACAUCUUGAUCAACCAAUGAUUGCUAGGUUGGUCGUAGAAUUGGGAGUUGCGGUGGAGAUUGUUAGAGAUGAUGAUGGGAAAAUUCACAGAGAAGAAAUUGCGGAAACUCUUAAAGGUGUCAUAACAGGGAAAACAGGGGAAAAUUUGAGGGCUAAAGUGAGAGAUAUAAGCAAGAAUUUAAAAUCUAUAAGAGAUGAAGAGAUGAAUGCUGCUGCUCAAGAGCUAAUUCAACUUUGUAGGAAUAGUAAUAAGUGAAUCUUAUGAUUCAAUUAACAAAAUAAUAUUGUAUGUAAGGUGUUUUUGUUUUUCUUCAAAAUAUAUUGAGGUUGAAAUAAUGAGAAAAACAUAGAAUACCAUGUAGGAUGCGUGUGUCUAUUUGUUCAACUUUAUACAUGUUUAAGUUUCUUCGCAUAAAUGUAAGUUGAGGCCAAAUUAAAGGGCAUUUUUUUGUAUUAUGUCUAUAAUAUAACUAGUACAACAAUAACAACACGA